AUGGGGGGUCUCACUGUGUUUCCUAGACUGGUCUCAAACUUCUGGCCUCAAGCACUCCUCCUGCCUCAGUUCCAAAUUCUUUAUGAUGUGAGCAUAACAUCGAUUCUGAAACCAAACAACAUUAGAUAUUCAAAAAGAAAAUUAUUGCCCAUCUCAUUUUUGCAUAUCAACGCAAAGCUUAUAAAUAAAAUAUUAGCAAACAGAAUCAAGCUGUAUAUUUUAAAAAAUAUGACAAGUUUAUUGCACGGACAAACUGGGUUUUUAUUAGGAAUUUAUUAUAACUAGGACUCAUUACUUCAGUAUGAGGAAAUCCGCUGUCACCCGGUUUGCUUGUCCUUACAGACAUCUCCCUCCUCUUCCUCUCUUCCUUUCCAGUGAAAAUGUCUUCAAGUUACCUCUACCAAACCAAAACUUCACCCCUCUUCUUUUAUUCUUUCCUCCUCUCUUCUCAGAACAAAGGGGUUGUUGCUGACCAGCCCAGGGCUUCUUAUUUGGGGCCAGAUCAUUCUUCCUUGUGGGGCAGUCCUGUCCUUCAAGUACGAUGUUGAGGAGCACCCUCGUGUCUACCCACUUAGGUAACAGUAGCAUCUCCCGCAUCUUGACAACCAAAAAUGUCUCCAGAGCUCCCCAAAUGUCCGCGGGGCGGCGAGGAGGGGCAACACCGGCCCUGGUCGAGAACCACUGGUCUAGGCUCGCCCCUCUCCCUGGGCACCGCCACUUGCCAGGGUUGGUUAUUCUCCCUGGAUCCUUUCCUUCCUCCUCAUUUGAUCUUCACGCGCUCAAAUAUGACCAAAGGUCCUGUCAUUCCACUCCUGCAGCUUUCACUAAGGUCUUAGGCCGCUUCCAUGUCAAGAAACACAGUGGCUCUUUCUAACCCCUGGCCAUGAGGCACCCUGGAGGAGGAGCGGUGAGGGCAGGGAAGAUGCUGAGUGGGAUGUUGACCUUGCCGACUUCCAGGCGCCUCCGCGGCAUCCCGGAGGAGGCAUUGGGCGGUGAGGGUGCAGCGGCGGCGUGGGGGGCGGGGGAGCGGGCCCCGGGCCCCGCGCCCCGCAGGAUGAGGUGUCCGUGUGCAGCUAGCGCCACAGGCAAGACUGGGCCCCUUGCGGGGCGGGGGUGAGGCCGUGAGCAUAGCUCUCAAACUGGAGGGCGCCUCAGAAUCACUUGACGGGCUUGCGAGAAUGUGGACUGCUGGGCCCCACCUUCAUGGUUUUAGUGCAGGAAAAACCGAAUAGCCUCGGUGGGACGGAGAAUCUGCAUUUUCUCGAGUUCCCAGAUGAGGCUGAAGCUGCUGGUCCGGGCACCACCCUUAGAAAACCGCCAGUCUAGAGUGCGGAAAUGGGGCCCAUAUCUGGCUUGGGGCGCCCAAACAUCGAUUAUCUGCGACCAGAGGAUGAGCAGACAGGGAGAUGAGACACUGAGAUCCGGGAGAGAGGGGGGCGCCCGGCCGCCGGCUGAAGGAGGACGGCGCAGGCGGCGGUCCGGGGACUACAUCUCCCAGCGAGCCCCGCGCGGCUCGUGCUCGCUCCCCUGGCGGCGCUGGCGGGAGGCGCCGGCGGAGCGCGGGUCCCUCUCCUGAGCAUCAGUGAGCGCCGGGAGCCGCGGCCGCUGCGGGCUGCGGCGGCGCUGAGCCAGCGGGGCAGCUUCACUUCUGAAGCCAGCGAGACCACGAACCCACCGGGAGGAACGAACAACUCCGGACACGCCGCCUUAAGAGCCGUAACACUCAGCGCGAAGGUCUGCGGCUUCACUCCUGAGCCAGCGAGACCGCAAACUCACCAGAAGGAAGAAACUCCGAACACAUCCAGACAUCGGAAGGAACGAACUCCGGACACACCACCUUUAAGAACUGUAACGCUCACCGUGAGGGUCCACGGCUUCAUUCUUGAAGUCAGUGAGACCAAGAACCCACCGCUUCCAGACACAAAAGGUGUCCCCACCAUUCCUAUCCUCUUACUUCUCUCGCCUUACAAGAAGGCGUAGCCUGCCUCCUGUGAUUGUUGAAGAGCUGUGGUGUGCUGCUGAGUGGCGUGUGUAUUCCAUGUGAGGGGGAGGGUCCAACAGUCCUGGCCAUUCCGACUGCAGUUCCCCAGUUAAUCACCUUGUCAGAUUCUACCUGUGCUCUUCUGUCUGCUGUUAGAAGCCUGUUCCUGGAAAGCUGUUACCAUUUCCCUCUGCAUAACAGCCUCCUCCCAAGCUUGUAUCGGGCUAUGGUUUGUUCAGAGACAGGGUCUUGCAGUGUUAUUCAGGCUGGUCUCGCGCUCCUGGCCUCAACCGAUCCACCUGCCUUGGCCUCGCAAAGUGCUGAGAUUACAGAUGUGAGCCACCACACCCAAUCCAAGUGUUUCUAUUUAGUUGAUAAUGGGAGGGCAUGAUGAACCUUGUCUUACAGCUCAUGAGAAGGCCAACUACACUAACCACUCCUUGCCGGUUGUGGACAGACCCACGAAGUCAAACAUGCGGAGUGCAGCCAAGCCCUGGAACCCAGCCAUCAGAGCAGGGGGCCACGGCCCAGACCGGGUUCGGCCUCUGCCUGCAGCCUCUUGCGGCAUGAAGAGUUCUAAGUCUUCAACUUCCUUGGCUUUUGAGUCCCGACUCAGCAGGCUCAAGAGGGCCAGCAGUGAGGACACGCUCAACAAGCCAGGAAGUAGCGCCGCAUCGGGGGUGGUUCGCCUGAAGAAGACCGCCACUGCUGGAGCCAUCUCGGAGCUCACGGAGAGCCGCCUGAGGAGUGGCACAGGGGCCUUUACAACAACCAAACGGACAGGCAUUCCAGCACCACGGGAAUUUUCAGUAACUGUCUCAAGAGAGAGGUCUGUGCCACGUGGUCCCUCCAACCCCAGGAAAUCAGUGUCCAGUCCAACUUCUUCCAACACUCCCACUCCUGCCAAACACCUGAGGACCCCUUCCACAAAGCCCAGGCAAGAGAAUGAAGGUGGAGAAAAGGCUGCGCUUGAGUCCCGAAUUCAGGAACUUUUGGCAGAAGCCAAAGCAAAAGAUAGUGAAAUUAAUAGGCUUCGAAGUGAACUAAAGAACUGCAAAGAGAAAAGGACUCUGAGCGCUGAGGGGACUGAUGCUUUGGGCCCAAAUAUCGAUGGAACAUCAGUCUCCCCAGGUGACACAGAACCCAUGAUAAGAGCUCUUGAGGAGAAGAACAAGAACUUUCAGAAAGAACUUUCCGAUCUAGAGGAAGAAAACCGGGGCCUGAAGGAGAAACUGAUCUAUCUUGAGCACUCCCCAAAUUCAGAAGGGGCAGCAAGUCACACUGGCGACAGCAGCUGCCCAACAUCCGUAACUCAAGAGUCAAGCUUCAGAAGCCCAACUGGAAAUCAGUUGUCCAGUGACAUUGACGAGUAUAAAAAAAACAUAUGUGGAAAUGCAUUACGGACAUCAGGCUCCUCAAGUAGCGAUGUUACCAAAGCUUCUUUGUCGCCAGAUGCUUCCGACUUUGAGCACAUUACAGCAGAGACACCCUCAAGGCCCCUGUCCUCCACCAGUAACCCCUUUAAGAGUUCAAAGUGUUCUACUGCUGGGAGUUCCCCAAACAACAUAAAUGAAUUGUCCCUGGCUUCCCUCACAGAGAAGAUACAAAAGAUGGAAGAAAACCACCAUAGCACUGCAGAAGAACUACAGGCUACUCUACAAGAAUUAUCAGACCAGCAACAAAUGGUGCAGGAAUUGACAGCUGAAAAUGAGAAGCUGGUGGAUGAAAAGACGAUUUUAGAGACAUCCUUUCAUCAGCAUCGAGAGAGGGCAGAGCAGCUAAGUCAAGAAAAUGAGAAGCUGAUGAAUCUUUUACAAGAGCGAGUAAAGAAUGAAGAGCCCACCACUCAGGAAGGAAAAAUCUUUGAACUGGAGCAGAAGUGCACAGGUAUUCUUGAACAGGGCCGCUUUGAAAGAGAGAAGCUGCUCAACAUUCAGCAGCAGUUGACCUGUAGCUUGCGGAAGGUUGAGGAAGAAAACCAAGGAGCUUUAGAAAUGAUUAAACGUCUGAAGGAAGAAAAUGAAAAACUGAAUGAGUUUCUAGAACUGGAACGGCAUAAUAAUAACAUGAUGGCCGAAACUUUGGAAGAGUGUAGAGUUACCUUGGAAAGGCUGAAAACAGAGAAUGGAUCUUUGAAGUCUCAUUUGCAAGGUGAGAAGCAGAAAGCCACACAGGCCAGUGCUGUGGAGCAGACGGCAGAGAGCUGCGAAGUUCAAGAAAUGUUGAAAGUAGCCCGAGCGGAGAAAGAUCUACUGGAACUGUCUUGCAGUGAGCUCAGACAAGAAUUACUAAAGGCAAAUGGUGAAAUUAAACAUGUUUCCAGUCUGCUGGCCAAGGUGGAAAAGGAUUAUUCAUACCUGAAGGAGAUAUGUGAUCACCAAGCCGAACAGCUGAGCAGAACCAGCCUAAAGCUGCAAGAAAAAGCAUCAGAGAGUGAUGCAGAGAUCAAAGACAUGAAAGAAACCAUAUUUGAAUUGGAAGAUCAGGUGGAACAGCACCGGGCUGUCAAGUUACACAAUAAUCAACUCAUUAGUGAGCUAGAAAGUAAUGUGAUCAAGCUGGAGGAACAGAAGUCAGACCUGGAGAGGCAGCUAAAGACUCUGACCAAGCAGAUGAAGGAGGAGACCGAGGAAUGGAGGCGGUUCCAGGCGGAUCUGCAGACCGCAGUGGUGGUGGCCAAUGACAUCAAGUGUGAGGCCCAGCAGGAGCUGCGCACUGUGAAGAGGAAACUGCUGGAGGAGGAGGAGAAGAAUGCCCGGUUGCAGAAGGAGCUGGGGGAUGUGCAGGGCCACGGCAGGGUGGUCACCAGCAGAGCUGCCCCUCCACCUGUGGAUGAAGAGCCAGAGUCCUCUGAGGUCGAUGCUACUGGUCGGUGGCCUGGUGUCUGUGUUAGCAGAACAUCUCCAACACCCCCAGAGUCAGCAACCACCGUUAAGUCACUUAUCAAGUCAUUUGACUUGGGACGCCCAGGUGGAGCUGGACAGAAUAUUUCUGUCCAUAAGGCCCCCAGAAGUCCCCUAAGUGGGAUACCAGUGAGGACUGCUCCAGCAGCUGCUGUCUCUCCAAUGCAGAGGCAUUCGACUUACAGCAGUGUGCGGCCAGCCAGCAGAGGGGUGACUCAACGCUUGGACCUUCCUGACCUCCCUCUCUCAGAUAUGCUAAAGGGAAGGACUGAGACCCUGAAGCCGGACCCCCACCUCCGUAAGAGUCCCUCACUGGAGUCACUGAGCAGACCCCCGUCUCUGGGCUUUGGGGACACAAGACUGCUGAGUGCUUCCACCCGGGCAUGGAAACCACAAAGCAAACUCAGUGUGGAAAGAAAAGACCCUCUGGCGGCCUUGGCCCGGGAAUACGGUGGUUCCAAGCGCAAUGCUCUACUGAAAUGGUGCCAGAAGAAGACACAAGGUUAUGCGAACAUUGACAUCACCAAUUUCAGCAGCAGUUGGAGCGAUGGCCUGGCUUUCUGUGCUCUGCUUCACACCUACCUGCCUGCCCACAUCCCCUACCAGGAGCUGAAUAGUCAGGAGAAAAAGAGGAAUCUCUUGUUGGCAUUUGAAGCAGCUGAAAGUGUAGGCAUCAAACCCAGCCUGGAACUCAGCGAGAUGCUGUACACGGACCGGCCCGACUGGCAGAGUGUGAUGCAGUAUGUCGCCCAAAUCUACAAGUACUUUGAGACGUAACCCUGGAGGGCCUGGGGCAGCCACCAUUGCCACCUACUGCAGCUUUUCUUGGAAGCGCCUGAUCACUGUCCACUGACCCUGCUCUACCCACCACCCAGCUGCCUAGACUUCAAAGACAGGCUCAAUCCAAGUGGACCAACACCCAAAUAAGAAACAGAGUAGAUCUCACCGUGUACCUGUCUCAAAUGCAAAUGCAGCUGGAUGGUAAAUUGGGGACUCUUUGAUCUCCUGUGGGAUGCUUCUAAAGAGGGCAGCCUCCCUCCUUCCAGACCAAGACCCCACACCCAUGCUUGUUUUGCUGAUUACGUUGGGUGGCCGAACACAUCAUCUACAGAAAUUCAGACAAAGAGCAUCUCCAAAUCAGUCUUUUGGUUGCUGUUGUUAAAAAUAUCCAGGCUUUGCCUUUAUGAAACCUUUGCCCUUGGCUGGGUUUGGUAGCUCGUGGCUGUAAUCCCAGCACUUUAGGAAGCCAAGGCAGUAGGAUCGUUUGAGCCCAGGAGUUCGAGGUUGCAGUGAGCUAUGAGCAUACCACUGCACUCCAGCCUGUGCGAAAGAGCCAGACCCUGUCUCGAAAAAACGAUAAACAAAACCCAAAACUUUGCCCUUGUGAACCCUCCCUUCUCCCCACCAAAAAAACCCAACAAAACACAAAAAAUAAACACUUGUUCCAGGGCAACCUGGAAAUGUGCGCACUCAGCCUUUUGGGGAAAGAUGGGAGUUCUAGGUAACAAUGUUAACACCUGGAACUUGAUUCACUUUUAGCUCUCACCAUCCCUUAUUUGAUUCAUUGUAGCAAAAGGAAAGCCUGUGAGAAUGCAAGGGAGCCCCUGGCUGCUUUGCUGGAGUCCCUGGGAGGUGCCCCACACCUCUGCCACCACAGUCUGUGUGCUCCUGAGCAGCCGGCGGCUUUCACACGGGAAACCGCAGUCCUCGUCACCCGCGCCUUUGUCCUCCCAUUCGUUUACCCUCCCAUUCACAUCCACACAGGCUUGUCCCCCACAGAACUUGACAGGAGGUCACGUGUGAAUGGCCUGUGUCUGCUUUACAGGGUUGAGCAGGCUGAGGGUGGGUGCCUCUGGGGAUGCUGGGCUGACAGCAAAUCCCAACAGUGUUUCGGCUCUGGACUGAUUUGGCCUUUAGUGCUUCCCCAGGCCUCUCAUAGGCAUGGGAAAAAGAAGCCCUUAGGGGUGGGCGGUGAGGGCACAUUUAUAAUUAACAAAGAAGAAUGCAGUUGCCCCAGCACCCUACUGGUCACCUCAAGUGGCAGCAGAGCCCUCCCCAGAGCCGUCCUAGUCCCUCAGAAGUGCUCGGUCCAGCCCAGGUGCCCAUCUGGUGGCUCUGUGGCAUUCUUCUGGGCAGAUCUGUGUGCACUACACAGUGAGGGCAUGGCUCACACGGUGGUUGAGGGAAAUGGGUAAUGCCCAUCCCUUGCUGUUCUAAGUGCCAAAUAGCCUGUUAGCACCCUUCCAACAAAGGAUCAUCCAGUGAGUCACCAAGAAUGACAGUGACUGCCAUUACUACUCAAAGUACAUCUCUGAUAGCUGAUCUGAGCCAGUGGUUCAGAGCCAGGUUCUAGAGGCGGCAGGUCCAGCCCCUGACCAUUCCUGGAGAGGUAGGAGCUCAGUCCCCUCCUCCAAGCCAGACCUUUGCAGAGGUGGCAGCUGGGCUGCACGAGUCAGCGGAUCCCUGAUUCUCAAGCCACCUUGAGAUAAGGACUCCGCCCCAGCCCUGUUAGUGCAUCCCAGCUGCAGCUCUGCAUCAGAACCUCCAGCUCUGCAUCAGAACCUCCAGUGGACCCUUUUGAAAACACUCUUGGCUGCCCUAGUUGGUUAACUUCAGAAUGUCUGGAAUGGGACCAGAGAUGCAGUCUACAUGUUUUGUAAGUUCUUUAGGCGACUGAAGCACAGCUGCUUGGAGAACCACUGAGGGGUGGACACCUUUCCCUGGCAGCCACAAGGCAGGCAGCCCGCAGGAGCUCCUGAGCAGCUGUUUGGCGAUGGUCAUUACAUCAUCCAUGCCUUUGUAUUUAAAUGAAACUCGACACAUAGAACCAAUUCAACCUGAAAGUUAUUACAUCUGCUGAUUCAGGCACUUGUUUGAAGCAUUUUUUUUUUUUUUUAAUUAACCCUGUACUUCUACUUUGCCCACCAUUAAAGUGGGGGAAAGUAAUAUCCCAAGUAGUUGAGUUGAGCUGUUGGUUGUUAGAUUUAAGCUGGAAUUACUCCAGGGUUUUAUGUGGGGAGGCAGUUGCUGUCUUGGGAUACCCAGAGUGGGAGUGGGUGCUUUCUGUGAUUGGUUCUGUUUUUUAUUUUUAUUUUUACUUACUUAUUUUGAGAUGGAGUUUCAUUCUUAUUGCCCAGGCUGGAGGGCAAUAGCACCAUCUCAGCUCACUGCAACCUCCGCCUCCUGUGUUUAAGCGAUUCUCCUGCCUCAGCCUCCCAUGUAGCUGGGAUUACAGGUGCCCACCACCACAUCCAGCCAAUGUAUUUUUAGUAGAGAGGGGGUUUCACCAUGUUGGCCCGGCUGGUCUCAAACUCCUGACAUCAGGUGAUCCGCCUGCCUCGGCCUCCCAAAGUGCUGGGAUUAUGGGCAUGAGCCACUGAGCCCGGCUGUUUGUGUGUGUGUGUGUGUGUGUGUGUUUUUGAGACAGAGUCUUGCUCUGUUGCCCAGGCUGGAGUGCCAGUGGCACGAUUUCAGCUCACUCGGGUGAGUCACCACCCCUGGCCUGUGAUUGGCUCUAUUUUGAGUGAUUACGUGUAAACCACCUAGAACCAGCUCUGAGCAAUGGUGUUGCGGUUUCCCUCCCUCCCUGCUGGGGCCAUACCAGCCCCUCUCCAAUGGGAGCCCAAGUUGCCAAUGACUGUGGCCAAACUCUCCCAUUUUUCUGUAUCCUGCUCUCUUUAGGUUAAAAAGAAGGAAAGAAACAUGAAAGGCCAUGUACAAUUUAUUUUUACAACUCCAGGAGUUUCCCUGACUACCUUUUUUUUUUUUUUUGCCAGUGGUGUGCAUGUAGAAGAGGAAUGUGAUGUCCUGUCCUCUAGAAAUACACAUGGUGGUCAGGCAUGGUGGCUCAUGCCUAUAAUCCAAGCACUUUGGGAGGCUGAGGUGGGAGGAUUGCUUGAGCCCAGGAGUUUGAGACCAGCCUGGGCAACAUGGCAAGACCUCUGACUCUAUAAAAAAAAUUUUUUUUUUUUUUUUUUGAGAGAGCGUCUCACUCUCUGUCACCUAGGCUGCAGUGGUGUGAUCUUGGCUCAUUACAACCUCCGCCUCCCAGGUUCAAGAGAUUCUCCUGCCUCAGCCUCCUGAGUAGCUGGGAUUAUAGGCACAUGCCACCAUGCCUGGCAUAUUUUUGUAUUUUUAGUAGAAACAGUUUCACCAUGUUGGCCAGGCUGGUCUUGAACUCCUGACCUUAAGUGAUAAGCCUGCCUCAACCUCCCAAAGUGCUGGGACUACAGGGGUGGGCCACCACGCCUGGCCCAAAAUUUUGUUUUUUAAUUAGCUGGGUACAAUGAUAGGCAACUGUAAUCUCAGCUGCUUGGGAGGCUGAGGUGGGAGCAUCACUUGAGUCCAGGAGUUCGAGGCUGCAGUAAGCUGUGUUUGUGCCACUGCACUCUGGCCUGGGCAAAAGAGUGAGACCCUGUCACACACACACAAAAAGAAAAGAAAUACAGGUGGUGUUUUGGGGAAGGGAAGGUUUUGCUGGGGUCCUGGAACUGUGACUGGCCUCAGGAGUCCAGGAAUAGGCCUUCUAGCACAGCAGCUAGUAGGGCUCCCCCAAGCCAUCCGUUGGCGUGUGGAGGUGCAGGACCUGGGGGAGGCAGUCCCCAACCCAGCUAGGUCAAGGGGUAGGGUUUUUAGGUCUGUUUUUAACAGAGCUCAGAGCACCCGGUGAAGGUGGAAAGUUGGUAAACUGGGAAAACAAGGUCAGCAUCUUACUUUUUCUAUACUCAGCAGAGUGUGCCAUUCCCAGUUUCUGUCCUGAGGCUUUCAAAGGCCACAGGAGCCACGUUUCUUUCCAUCUUCCCUCAGCCAGUAGUCAUUUAAAAUUCUUCAGUUGUUCAGAAGAUCCUUUUUUUAAUGUAUCAUUUUUGCAUGAAAGACAGCUGCAAAAUGCAAGCCCCAGUAGAGUUGGAGAGUUUUUCAAGGUGAGAAGUCACUGUUCUCUGCACUGAACAUGGAUUGAAUUUUCCUUGUCUGAUGGUAGCCCGUGGCCCCCGUCCUGUGGGGAUAACAUUCUCAGGAACUUCUCUUGUCCUAGCCCCUUCACAUUUCAAAAAUAUUAGUCUUUUAUUUUCCUUUUUCAUUCAGUUGUUGUUUUACAGCUUUUGUAGAGACCAACCCAAGUAGAUGCCAGUGGGUGUUAGAUAAAAACACACAUCCCCAGGGGACAAGCCAUCCAGCGGUGAGGAAUCUCUGCCAUGUUCUCUUCCCUGCCAUCCACAAACGUUUCGGAGACUCCCUUAGCCUCCCCCUUCUCUUCCCCACUGAGGGGCGGCUUGUGGAGAUGGGGACUGGGGCCCAUAGAUACAGACCCCCUACCAAAUCUAGCAAUAGUUCUCAGCCUUCCAAAGCUCGAGUGCCAUUUUGAGAUGACCUACCAAUGACAUGCAGUAAAGGACAUAACCUCACAGCCUUUUUAGAAGCAUUUUGAAUAUCAAUAGUUGCCUCAAUUCAUGGGGCAUUUCACUCCUCUAAUCCAGGUUACAAUUUUGCUAAAUCUGUAGCAUCCUGAGUAGCACAACUAAUUUUAACUACAUUAGUUGAAUGUAGUUGAUACAUCUGUGGCCUCGUGUCUGUAAAGAGCACACUAGAUUAUACUCAGCAGUGUUAGGAUAUGACAUGCGAAUUAGAUGUAUUUAACUAUUCACAGUAUGAUAAAUGACUAUAAUAUUUCUAAUAAAUAUAUUUUGUUUCUGA